GGGGGAGUUGGUAUCUACACAAACAAAUAACACACAAUUACAAAGCGUUGUUAAUGAUGAUGAGGUUGGCACUAGUAGUAACAACAGCAGUUCUACUUGUAAUUAUAGGAUGCUCCUUUGCGGAGCAAUGCGGUAAACAAGCUGGGGGUGCGUUGUGCCCAGGGGGAUUAUGUUGUAGCAAGUUUGGUUGGUGUGGAUCAACCGGCGACUACUGUGGUGAUGGUUGUCAGAGUCAAUGUAGUGGAAGCAGCGGUGACCUUGGUAGCCUCAUCUCAAGGGACACCUUCAACAAUAUGCUCAAGCACCGUGACGACAGUGGGUGUCAGGGAAAAAGAUUGUACACCUAUGAUGCUUUCAUCUCAGCUGCCAAGGCUUUCCCCAACUUUGCCAAUAAUGGAGAUACUGCAACUAAAAAAAGAGAGAUUGCUGCUUUCUUGGGUCAAACAUCACACGAAACCACAGGUGGAUGGGCAACUGCACCUGAUGGCCCAUAUGCUUGGGGAUACUGCUUUGUGAGAGAACAGAAUCCCAGCAGCACAUACUGCCAACCAAGCUCUGAAUUCCCAUGUGCUUCUGGGAAGCAAUACUACGGUAGGGGUCCCAUCCAGAUCUCUUGGAAUUACAACUAUGGACAGUGUGGAAGAGCAAUUGGUGUUGACUUGCUCAACAAUCCAGACCUCGUAGCCACCGACCCUGUUAUAUCCUUCAAGACCGCUCUAUGGUUCUGGAUGACGCCCCAGUCACCUAAGCCAUCCUGCCAUGACGUUAUCACCGGAAGAUGGAGUCCUUCCAGUGCAGAUCGUGCGGCAGGGAGGCUCCCGGGAUACGGUACGGUGACCAACAUAAUAAACGGAGGGCUUGAAUGCGGAAGAGGACAGGAUGGAAGAGUGCAGGAUCGAAUUGGAUUUUACAAGAGAUAUUGUGACAUACUUGGAGUUGGAUAUGGAGACAAUCUUGAUUGUUUUUCUCAAAGGCCUUUCGGAUCUUCACUUUCACUAUCAUCCCUCUUCCUCAACUCCAUCGACACCUAGCUACCUUGUCUUUCUCUUAAUUAUUAUUAAAAUAAAUAAAUCAACGUGAAUCACGGUUCACCCAGUCAAGGGUAGUAGUAAUUAGGUUGGGUCUACAUGUUUCCCAUUUUUUAUUGUUGAGGGAUGACACUUUCAAACAUAAAUAAGAUUACUUGAUUAAAAAACGUCCAACCUGAGACAAAAUAAUUAUGAACCUGGAUUCCUUAUAUUGCAUUUACAAAAAUCAGACAUUACACACAUUAA